AUGAAGGUCAACAUGGUUCGAGCACAUGCUGUCGCGCACUAUUGCUCCAGGUUUCAACCGCUCCGCUUUCUGUCCUUCACGAAAACAGACAUUGAUAACAAUGCAUUUGUGCGCAGUAUCACAAAGGAACAAGCAAAGAAGGCCUUGGCUCGUAAUGCGGCGAUCCGCGCUGACCAUGUCACGAUUCAAAGCAAUUUUCCAGUGUCCAGUCAAGGUGAGGACGAGAUUGAUGCGGAUAAAGCUAAUCGGAAGCGUAUUAUCUAUCGCAGUAAGCAACGUGGCUGGCUAGAGGUGGAUCUCUUACUUGGUCGCUGGGCUAGUCAAAACGUCAUGCAGCUUUCAAGUGACGAGCUUCAACAGUAUGAGGACAUUUUAAACGAAGAGACUAUUGACAUUUUCAACUACAUUUCUGGCAAGAAUGUUGUGCCUGAGAGACUUGAUACGUCGAUGAUGAAGAGACUGCAGGCGUAUUGUCUUACGUCGCCAUUGGGUAAAGCGUCGAUCGAAGGAUUUGCCGAGAACAAGAAGUUUAUGAGCAAUUAA